AUGGGGGCUGCGGGGGGCGGCCGGUGUGUCCGCCCCGGGGCGGCGUCGGUCCUCGUCCUGCUGCUGAUCGCCGCUGCCGCAUUGCCGCGGCGCGCGCGCGCGGUCACCGACGCCGGCGACGUUUCUGCUAUAAAUGGACUUUAUGUUGCACUUGGAUCACCAAAGCUGCCUGGAUGGUCUGCUAGUGGUGGAGAUCCCUGUGGUGAGAGCUGGCAGGGUGUCACAUGUACCGGCUCAAGUAUAACCUCAAUAGUUUUCAAUGCUGCAAAUUUGGGAGGACAGCUAGGCAGCCUGGGGAACUUCACUUCAAUAACUGAAAUAAAUCUUAGCAACAACAAUAUCGGUGGAACCAUACCGGAAGAUCUACCAGUCACACUGCAGAAUCUGUUUCUCUCAGAUAACCAACUAACUGGAAGCAUUCCAAUGUCAUUAUCAAAACUCCUUAGUCUAGCAGCCAUGUCACUGAAUGAUAACCUUCUAGAUGGAAAACUACCAGAUGCAUUUGAUUCCCUCACGGGACUUGUAAAUCUGGAUAUUUCUUCCAACAACUUCAGUGGUUCAUUACCACCUUCAUUGGGAAGCUUGACGUCACUGACUACAUUGCACAUGCAAGACAAUAAACUAUCUGGGACCCUUAAUGUCUUGCAGGAUCUCCCCCUCAAAGAUUUAAAUGUAGAGAAUAAUAUGUUUUCUGGACCAGUUCCUCCGAAGCUGCUGAACAUACCAAACUUCAAAAAUGAUGGGAAUCCUUUUAAUACCAGCAUAGCUCCCUCUACCUCACCCUCUUCAACACCUACAGGCUCUACACCAACACAAACACCAUCGUCCUCUUCAUCCCCUUCAGGAUCUCCUCCACCAUCUAGUGCAGCAUCAAACUCUUCUAGUGGAUCUACUGCUCGAAAUAGCAACUCUCCAUUAUCCAAGAAGAACAAGUCUUCAACCCUCAGAACUGUUGGAUAUGUUCUUCUUGCUAUUGUGCUAUUCAUAGUUCUAGUGCUGUUGGUAAUCUUUUGCCUGUCCAAGUAUCAAGAAAGACAGUCUAGACGUGAUUAUUCCGCGGCUCAAUUAGGUAGGGUGCAUCAGAGGAUUGAGGAGCCAAAAAGCAAGCAAGCUUCGGUGCAGUCUAAACAUGAAGCCCAAAAAGGUUCAUCUGAGGUUCCUGAAAGAAAGAAGCCCCGUGAAAUAAAUUUAGCUGUACCAGUUGCCCUUGAGAAGCCUCCAGAAAAGAGAAAAGAGCAUGUAAUUAAUUUGGAGCGAACAGAAUCAGAGAUCUUUGCUGCAGUGCCUCCUCCACCUCCACCUCCACCUCCUCCGCCUCCACCACCGCCCCCAACACCGCCACCGCCACCUCCACCUCCAAAACUGCCAUCACCACCUCCCAUUGAAAAAGUAACUGUAAAUCCCAUUGUACGUUCGGAAAAAAGAGUUAGCACACCGCCAAGGACUGGUCCCUCGACAUCUGCAACAUCCUUUUCUGUGGCAUCACUUCAGCAAUAUACAAAUAGUUUUCAAGAGCAAAAUUUGAUAAGGGAGAGUAGAUUGGGAAAAGUGUAUCUGGCAGAACUUCCUGAUGGCAAAUUACUGGAAGUUAUGAAGAUUGAUAAUGCUAAUGGAAGAAUACCAGUAGAUGACUUUCUAGAGUUGGUUGCUCGUAUAUCAGAUAUUAGACACCCUAACAUUCUUGAAUUAGUUGGAUACUGUGCUGAGUAUGAACAGCGGUUACUCGUGUAUAACCACUUCAGUAGAAAAACAUUACAUGAUGUACUGCAUGAAGGGGAGGAUCUAGAUGAACCAUUAUCCUGGAAUGCUCGCCUCCAGCUUGCUCUUCAUGCAGCAAAAGCCUUAGAGUAUCUCCAUGACACCUGUGAACCUCCUGUAGUACACCAGAAUUUUGAACCAGCCAACGUGCUCCUUGACAAUAGAUGCUCAGUACGUGUUGCUGAAUGUGGGCUGGCAGAAUUGAUGGCGUCUGGUUCUGUUACACAGCUAUCAGGUCGUAUGCGAGCUCUACUCAAUUAUGAAGCACCUGAAAUCCAUGAAUCUGAGCCCUUUACUCAUCGAAGCGACGUAUAUAGUUUCGGUGUGGUGAUGCUAGAACUUCUUACUGGUCGUAAGCCAUAUGACAGCUCACGUCCACGUGCUGAACAACAUCUUGUUAGAUGGGCUGAUUCUCAGUUUCAUGACAUGGAGUCCCUGUCAAAGAUGGUUGAUCCUUCUAUCCGAGGAGAGUGUUCCGUGAUACUGUUGUCACGUUUUGCAGAUAUCAUCAGUGGGUGUAUUCGGAAGGAACCGGAAUUCAGGCCAGCAAUGUCUCAAAUCGUCCAAGACCUAGCUAGGAUUGUAGGUGCUAGUGGUGAGCAUGUUUUGAGACUCAUGUUUCUCCGGGGAAAGAACUGGCUUGCUAACUCCAUAUGGUUUGUUAAUCUUAGAAAUAUACUGUUAUUGAGAUUCUUUUCAGAGGCAAAGCGACCUUCCCACUUGCAUGGACAUGAUCAUGGUAUUGACCUGGUGUCUUCUACCGACCUGUACAUGAAGAUUCUCCUCCUUGAAGCGAAAGCACCUCUGCUAGGUAUGCAUUGUGUGCUUGGUUCCUGUCUUUUCUUCGUGUGA